CCUUGUUGUCAAUUCAAAAUGGUCAAGCUUGUGAUUGUCUUCAAGAACGAAAAUUUCGAGCUCGAGGCGGACGAGCACGACUCUGUCACCGUCUUCCGCACGCAAGUGUACUCUGUCACUGGAGUUGAGCCAGAACGCCAGAUCCUGGUCGGCAUUGGCAACAAUCCAGCCCAGGAAGAAGACUUGCUGUCCAAGCAUCGAGUGACGAACGGGCAGCGCAUUCUGCUGAUGGUGAGGCCCGGACCGCCGACCCAAUCUGCGUCCCAACCUACUGCUGCUGCUGCUGCUCCUGCUCCUGCUGCUGCCCCUGCUCCUACCCCUGCCGCUCCUGCUCUGACGGCGCACGAGAGAAUGGCCCAGCAGCUGGCUCAGCGGUUGACGCAGCAGCUCGCUGCCAACAACCACAACCCGGCUGGCUUGACGGAACUCACCCGUCGCUGCGAAUCGUUCGCGAGACACGUCUACUAUUACGAAGAGCCCGCCACACGCGACGCCGCGCUGGCAGUCAUUCCAGUGCAGCUGCUAGAGCAGCGGGCACGCGACGCGGAGCAGAGUGGAGAUGAAAAGCGGCAGCCAGACGCACGCGACGAGUUGCUGCGUCAAUUGCUGCACUGGUUCAAGACGGAAUUCUUCACCUGGGUGAACAGCGUGCCCUGUGAACGAUGCGGAUCGACAGAGACCCAAAAUGCAGGGGCCGCGCGUCCCAACGCCAGCGAAGCGGCAGACCUGGCCGGGGUGGUGGAGAUGCACCAAUGCCGCCAGUGCACGCACGUCUCGCGCUUUCCGCGAUACAACCACCCCCGCAAGCUGCUCGAGACACGCCGUGGCCGCUGCGGAGAGUGGGCCAACUGCUUCACCUUGUGCUGCCGUGCGUUGGACUUUGACGCGCGCCACGUCCAGGACUGGACCGACCACGUCUGGACCGAGGUGUACUCGAACGCGCGCCGACAAUGGCUGCACUGCGACCCCUGCGAGAACGCUCUCGACACACCGCUCAUGUACGAGACUGGCUGGGGCAAGAAGCUCUCGUACGUGAUUGCCUUUUCAAAGGACGAAGUGCGUGAUGUGACGCGCCGCUACACCCGCACCUUUGAUCUCCCUGAAGGCGUGCGCUCCCGGCGCACGCUCUGCGACGAAGUUGCACUUUCUAGUGUCGUCGCACGUUUGGACACGCAGCAGAAGACCCGGAUGCGCAUCACUGCAAACAGUCCGCGAGCGCUCGAGCUUGCCAGUCGUGCAGCUGCCGAGAACCAAGAAUUGGCCGGCGUGAUUGCGGUGCAAGCCACACGUGCGCUCAAGAGCGAAGAGCUGCGCGGAAGGCAAUCCGGCUCGCUUGGGUGGAAGCUCGCGCGAGGCGAAAUGGGUCUGCCUGCACCUUCAGCUCAGCUUUCCACGCAGAUCGGCGCAGUGGUACCCACGCCGUUUGCAGGCUGUCUCCUUGUUGCUAGCGAGCGCAACAUUCUGCGCUACGACAUUACCGAGACGGGCUCGUGGACGCGCUGGGUGUGGCGAACUGUGCCUGACUCGCCGAAAGGAAAGGCCUCGCUCUCGCUUGUCGUCCGCCAUGCGUCGGGUGACGGCGCUGCGAUCGCAAGUACAGCAGCAGCAGCAGUGGCGGUAGCAGCCUCCUCCUCCUCCUCCUCCGAAGGUGAUUUGCCGAAUGGUGCCACCGUACUUGCCGUCUACUCUGAGCUUGGCCAAGUUCUCAACCUGGCCACGCUCAAGCCGUUCACCUCCAACUACACGUUCUCUCGUGCGGCGCGUGCAAUCUUCUCUCCACACGACGGGCAUUUGCUCGUGAGCGAUGCUGGCGCCGACGUGAUUGUUCGGUUUGAUGGCAUCACGGGCGCGUUCAAGGAUGUGUUUGCGAGAGGUACCAGCUCUGUGCCACUGUCGUGUCCGCUCGGCAUGGCCUUCUCGGCCGACCAGGAGCGACUGCUAGUUUGCUCCUCGAAAACCAACACGAUUGUCGCGCUGAAUGCACGCACCGGCGCCCCUCUCUCGGUUCUUGCCACGGGUGCUUUGUUGAGCGCUCCUUCGAAUCUCGUCGUCACAUCUUCUUCUUCUUCCUCCUCCUCCUCCUCCUCAUCUUCCUCGACCCAGGCAGGAUCGGCAGAGGAUGGCCAUCCGGCGGACGCGCUGUUCGUGACCAGCAAAGGUGCCAAUUCGUUGGUUCGUUUUGUCGCCUCCACUGGCCGAGGGCUUGGAACUGUCGUCUCUUGCCCGCAGCCGCACGACGUUGUUUUGCUGCCCUCGGGUGUGCUUGCCGUCUCGAGUUUCGCGUCUGACAAGCUCAUGUUUGUUGAUGCGACGCAGUACGCCCAGGCCUCGAGCUCGUCUGAACAACCCAAUGCAGCACUUUUGGCCACCAUGGAGGCCAUCAAGGCGCCGAGUGCAAUGGCAUUCUUGCCACUGUCAGCAACUUCCCGAGAUUGCGCCUCGCCACGAGACCGCAGCGCCUGCACCACGCCUGUGGUUCACUGAUUUUUUGCUUGUGCUUUCCAAAUGUGCAGCUUGCGUGGAAAUAAACGCACUACUCAAUG